GGAAGGGAAGACCCACUCAGCUGUUGUGAGCUGGCACGGGCCACAGGAGAGGGGCUGAGGAAGGGUCCGGGCCCCUGUGGGCGAACCCCCGCCUGUGUGGCGACCGAGAAGAGGCCAGAGCAGGAGGGCGGGGCAGGACGCCUCAACGGCAAGCGGGCAGAAGCGGGCGGAACGUUCCCAAAAUGUUGCCUACAACAUCAGUUAAUUCUCGAAGUCAAAGCAAUGGAGCCUUAAACUCCAGGGAUGCAGCCAGGCACACUGCAGGGGCAAAGCGCUACAAAUACUUGAGAAGACUUCUCCAUUUCCAGCAGAUGGAUUUUGAGUUUGCUGUGUGGCAGAUGCUGUAUCUCUUCACUUCACCACAGAAGGUUUAUAGGAACUUCCACUACAGAAAACAAACAAAAGACCAGUGGGCCAGAGAUGACCCUGCUUUUCUUGUAUUGCUAAGUAUCUGGCUGUGUGUAUCCACAAUAGGAUUUGGCUUUGUAUUGAAGAUGGGAUUUGUUGAAACUAUUAAGCUACUGCUUUGGGUUGUGUUUAUAGACUGUGUGGGAGUUGGCCUCCUAAUUGCAACUUUAAUGUGGUUUAUUUCAAAUAAGUAUUUGGUAAAACACCGAAGCAGAGAUUAUGACGUGGAGUGGGGAUAUGCCUUUGAUGUUCAUUUGAACGCUUUCUAUCCUCUUCUUAUCAUCUUGCAUUUCAUACAACUGUUUUUCAUUAAUUCUGUAAUUGUAUUGGAUUCAUUUAUUGGCUAUUUUGUUGGAAAUACUUUGUGGCUGAUUGCUAUCGGUUAUUACAUCUAUGUGACAUUUCUAGGCUAUAGUGCAUUGCCAUUCUUGAAGAACACAGUUGUUCUCUUAUAUCCAUUUGCACUUCUUGUCCUGAUCUACUUGGUUUCAUUAACAAUGGGAUGGAACUUCACGCAAGCACUUUGUUCUUUCUACAAGUAUAGAGUGAAAUAAACUGAACUUUAUCACAAAUUGGGUUUCCUUAUUCUUACCUCCUGCUGCAGUCUCAGAAUAGGUAAGAGAAAGGUCCUCUUGUAAAUUUCUGUAAAUACAUGUUCACUGUAGAUCAGUGUGUAAAGUUUUUGGUUUUCUAAAAUUUACAGCUGCAGAUUUGUAGUAAUUCUGUAUUCUUCUGCGGUAUCUUCCUAAUGGAAAACAUUGUACAUUUCUGUAAUAAAGGGUUUUUUAAAACUGA